CAUCAUGCUCACGGUAGUCAAUUAUUAAACAGUUCUUGUCGAGUACAGUUGUUCAUUACAUCCCGUUGAAGAUCUUCUACCGAAAGCGAUCAUGUUGAAUUGGAGAGUAUUUCUGUUUGUUGCAGUGACCGUGUUUCUCUUUGUGCAGUUCGACACUGCUGAAUCCUCUCCGUUCAACGAUUUACAACCAACUGGGCGACCGGCCACGGCUGGUCAGGCAUUGAAGAAUAUUCUACAGCGUGCCAUCGGUGAUAAUUCUUCCGACGAGAGCAAACCAAGCGCCGGCAGCAGCGAGGAGCAGUUCCGGCCCUACCAUGGGUAGGUGAGAUUGGCGCCUAUUACCAUCACGUUUACCCUAUGGUGCACACAACAAAGACUACUGCAGCUGAUGGGCUUCUGUCGUGCGAAUUGGGAUCGGAUGCAGCGCUGCAACAAAGCCCCCAAACCCCCAUUGCGUGAGUGCAAUUUGCGAAUUGUUCAGAUUAUUGUUCCGCUUGUCAACCGCUAACGCCGAACAGCAUCCCAUUCCCGGGGGGAUACUGUUGGAGUACGGUUCAGUACAAGUACAGCUUACGAAUAAACAUGCCCCACGCAGGUCGGUGCUCUUGGGUUCUAGUAACAA